GGGUUCGGUAGGGUAGUUUUGGAAGAAUGGUGCCGUACUGUUAUAUAAGACAGAAGACGUCUCAUCGAGCGGUUUAGGGCGUAAAAGAAGAAACGAAGCCGUAGAAGAGGGCUCUUUCUUGGCCGAGCAAACUUAUCUUCAAAUCUUCAAAUGGAUCGGUACCAGAGAGUGGAGAAGCCGAAAGCGGAUACAGCAAUCGACGAGAAUGAGAUUCGGAUUACUAGUCAAGGAAGGAUGCGCAGUUAUAUAUCAUAUGCUAUGAGUCUGCUUCAAGAAAAAGGGUCAAAUGAAAUAGUAUUCAAAGCAAUGGGAAGAGCCAUCAACAAGACUGUGACUAUAGUGGAGUUAAUCAAGAGAAGAAUCGUUGGUCUCCAUCAGAUCACAGCAAUUGGAUCCACAGACAUAACUGAUACAUGGGAACCCCUUGAGGAAGGCCUCCUUCCUUUGGAGACUACAAGGCACGUGUCCAUGAUUACUAUAACCCUCUCCAAGAAGGAACUGGAUACAUCUGCUGUUGGGUACCAGCCGCCGUUACCUGCGGAUCUGGUGAAGGGAUUUGCAGAAUUUGAUUAUGAUGGAGAGGGCUCACCAAAUGGCCGUGGUAGAGGUCGGGGUGGUAGAGGAAGGGCAAAGGGUAGAGGAAAUGGAUUUGUUCCCGAGUAUGAAGAUGGUGGUUGGGAUCGCAACAGGGGCCCAGGUAGGGGCAGGGGUCGAGGAAGAGGACGUGGUUUCCGUGGCCGUGGGAGGGGAGGAUACAAUGGACCUCGUACUGAUAUGCAGCAAGAUGGAGGCUAUAAUUAUGAUGCACCUGCACCAGGCCGAGGUAGGGGCCGUGGGAGGGGGAAUCGUGGGAGGGGCCGUGUAUUUAGAUCAAAUGGACCGAUCCAAGCAGCUGCAUGAGAAUGCUCAACUGGCUUCCCUCUGGAUGGAGUAUUGUUACUAUGUUUGAUGCUUCUCCAAAAUAUUUAUCAUAUUUUAGGCUCCAUUUAUUUUCGGAAAAUAAUUUAUUCUAGAAAAUAUUUUUCAAAUUAAAAAAUAUUUUCCAAAUAACUUAUUUUUCGAAUGUUUGUAUGCGAUAUGGAAAUUAGUUAGCAGUAUAAAAAAUUAAUUUGGAAAGCUAUGUUUAGAAUUAUAAAAAGUUGAUUGUUAAAUAUGAGAAAAUGAUUUUUUUUUUUUUUUAAAUGAUGAAUUAUGGUACUUGCUGAUUACUGGUAAUGGACAGCGGUCAUCAGGGACCGGCGUUGGUGACUGUUGACUGAUAAUGGUAAUUACCAGUAAUUGGUGGAUCAGUAGAUGUGUUUCAGUAAGCUUUUUUUAGACUAGUUAUUAUCAUGAUAAGUCUGGCAAAUGUUUUCCUCCCUUGAGGAGAAAUCAUUUUCAUUCAAGGUCUGUUAACUAAUUUUCUUAAGCAUUCUGAACAUGUGAAAAUCUGAGAAAUAUUUUUUAGGAAAAUAUUUUUCGAAAACAUAUGGAGCCUUCCUUUUUUAUUUUUCUGCCUUUGUCCGAACUAUAGUAGUUUUAACUUUAGGAGGUAUUCAUCUGUAACCCCGUAGACUAAUCUUUGUAGUUUGAAACUGUUGCCUUGAUUUUGUGUAGGUGUAGGUUGGUUCUUGAACAAUUGUAACUGUUUUUUAUAUCUUUUGAGCAGUGCAUUCUUUUAUUUUUCUACUA